UGAAUCUCCACCUUCCUCAUCAUGUGUUCCUGGCUGUGAACAGCCUGUGACUCUUAACACAAAGAGCUGCAUCAUCACCAAUCCAGAGACUGCAAUCAGGGCUGCAAGGCAGAGCCAGGGAGCAUUUCACAGCUCCAGAGCCAGGCUACAGACGUCAGUGCAGCAGCUAGCCCACUCAUACUAAGCAACGAGUGGGGGGCCAGCAGAACCUGCUCACUGAGAGCAUAGGGGAAGCGUGAGGAUGGACAACAUGAGACCUGUGUACUAAAACCAGAUGGGAAGUUAGGACAAGAACAAGAGGAAAAAGAAACAAGCCAUGGGAAAGAGGCAGAAAAUAAUGGGCACAGAGCUUCUACAUUGAUACGUUUACUGGAAUGUUUUAAAAAAUAUCCGCAGGCAUAAGCUUAACCCCAUUCACCUAUAAAGCUGGUGUUUUAUUUUGUGAAACCUUUUGUCUUCUGCAAGCACGACUCUGACUAUGUGCCUUAUUAUUUUGGGGUGUCACUGUCUCCCUUUAGGAACAGACAGGGUGUUAUCUGCACCCCAGUAAGCUGCUUGCAGGUACUCUUUCGUUUAAGGGCUUGUUACAUGUUGUUCUUCCUGUAACACUUGACAUACCAGUCCAGUUGCAAGCUGAAGUGCACAGGUUUGCAGAUCCAUUCGUUGAUUGAAACAAUUGAUCAGAGAUUUGACCCACAGAUAUUAAUCGCCUGCUGGGACAGCAAGAGGAACAUGGGUUGUGGAGGGAGCAGGGCAGAUGCCAUUGAGCCUCGUUACUACGAGAGCUGGACACGAGAGACUGAGUCCACUUGGCUGACGAGUACUGAUAAUGAGGUACCACAAGCAGGAAUGGGCUUCCCCUGCCAAGAGGACCAUAGCACGUCAGAGACUGGUGGUAAAGACAAGAGAGGAACCGUUCAUCCUGGCAUUCUUGAAGAUGGUAAAUCAACACAGACAUGUGUCCCUGUGUCAUGUACUGGCAAAGAGGGGCUGAAGAAAACAAAUUCAGGGACUCAAUGUGGAAAGCCCACUGUCUAUUCCACUGGAAGCAAGAGCCAGAAGCAAAAGAGUGUGUCCAGGUCUUCAGAUCCUAAACGGGAAAGCAAAAGAAUGUCCAAGAAAGAAGUCACAAUCAAUGUAACAAAAAAUAUAAAAUCAAUGGAUAGCGACGGACGAAUAACAGAGAGCUGCGUCAAUUAAUAAGGAAUGGGAUAAGCUCAGAAGGACAUCAUAAAAAAAAAAAAAUCAUUUGUGCACUUUAAUUAAAGAGUUGGUUGCCACAGAGAAAUAUAAAUCAUUGAAAGGUUUAUUCUCAUAACAUUUUGCAGGAAUGUUGAUUGCGCUCGAAGGAAAUGGCAGUCAAAAGUAGGGAAAAACACAGAAGGGAAAUAAGUGAAAACAAAAAUCUCUUUGCUGCGGAGUGCCUUGACAGACAUUGUCUUACAUGAAGCAAAAAUGGUUGUGCAUGUGAGGAGACGCGUUCCGCAAACUAUGAAAGAUUAGCCUAAAUCAGAGAUUUUUUCGUUUUGGUGUUGAAAAUCUCUAUCACUGAACUAUUUUUUUAAAAGGCAGCCAUUUUGAGUGCUCUUGUUUGAGAUUUAUAAAAUGUGGGCUA